AUGGAGAGGGGAGAGAGAAGAGAGCAGGAGAGGAUGGAGAGGAUGGAGAGGGGAGAGAGAGUAGGGCAGGAGAGGAUGGAGAGGGGAGAGAGAGGAGAGCAGGAGAGAAUGGAGAGGAUAGAGAGGGGAGAGAGAGGAGAGCAGGAGAGGAUGGAGAGGAUAGAGAGGGGAGAGAGAGUAGGGCAGGAGAGGAUGGAGAGGGGAGAGAGAGGAGGGCAGGAGAGGAUGGAGAGGAUGGAGAAUGGAGAGAGAGGAGGGCAGGAGAGGAUGGAGAGGAUAGAGAGGGGAGAGAGAGGAGAGCAGGAGAGGAUGGAGAGGAUGGAGAAUGGAGAGGAGGGCAGGAGAGAAUGGAGAGGAUGGAGAGGAUGGAGAAGGGGAGAGAGGAGGGCAGGAGAGGAUGAUGCCCCCAGCAGAGCCCAGGCUCCGGCCACUGCCCUGGCCCCUGGCUCCGGCCCCUGCUCCGGCACCUGCUUCGGCCUAUGCUCCGGCCCUGGACUGAGCGUGUGCAGAGCCUGGGAGUGCGAGUGGGGGAUGGAGACUCCGACAGAAAUGUCACCUCUGAACUGGACCGAGCUGAAGUCUGCUGAUAAACAUAUGCUGAGGAGGAGGAGAGGGGGGAGGGAGGAGGGGAGGGGUCUUGUCAUUAACCCUCCGCGCCCCUCGCUCUCUCCGUCUUCGCAGCCGCCGCUCGAUCAGAUAGACCCGGUCCGUGCGCGUGAGUGA